GGGUUCAAACUAAUUGGGGUUAAUUAAAAUUGGAUGGGGUUGCAAAAGAUAUAAUAAAAUAUCAGGCUAUACUUAGUCUGUCAUCUGGGCGGUUCACGUCGCCGGCAGCCGGAUGAGUUCUGUAACUACGCAUGCGCUUGUUUUGGGGUUGGGGUGGAAACGGAAAUAAAAGAAGGAUAAUAAAUAACAGGCAAAACUGGAAUGAGCCACAACACAACAAUUGUCAGUCACUGCUGCCGCCGCCGCCGCCUUGUGCUACAGCAUUUUGCGGCAUCGAUUUUAAGGUCACAUUCAGAUCCCUAGCUAAAGAUUAACAACAGUAGAACUAGCACAACCAGUUUGCGGAUCUCGUUUAUCGUCUAAUGUCUGCUAGACGUUACUAUUUCGGAGCAGAGAAACGUUACAAUACCUCCGGAGAAGACAAGGUUUGUCAAGAUGAGGGGCCUUUGUACCCUCGCGACGGCAACAACAACAAUGACAAUGACGAUGCGAACAAUGAGCCAGAGCCCGACGCCGACAAGGACGACGACUCUGAGUUUUUGCAAGAUGUGCCAUACUCGUCUAGCAGCAUCGACCGCAGCUCAAUUGGCUCCAUACCCUGGGCAGAUGAUGCCAUCAAAAAGAACAAACUGGAUUGGGAGCGCGUUGACCGCAUGAUAAGCGGCGAAGAAGCGCUAUCGGAGCUGGAGCCAGAGCUGCGACACGAAAUCGCUGACUGGCAACACAAAUUCCCCAGUUUAUUAGCCCGCAAAGCGAAGCCACUCAAACCGCAAAGUUUUGACAGCAGUCGUAACACAACAGGACGGAAUGAAGUGCCAGACGAAUCUGGGGACAUAGACUCUAUAUCAGAUCUUAGCCUAAACUCUCUAGAUGAUUAUGACGAAAGGGAUGAGGACGACGAUGGCUUUCUCACCCCAACUGUCGCGCGUCAACGCGAGCACGAGCAUCUUUUACCAUCUGAUCGAAAUUAUUUGCGUCCUGCCCAAAACCUUGUGACUAUACUAGACAGAGAUCUACACAUUACGUCGGUUGCGCUCAAGCUGCGUAGGCGUGAGCACACCCAGCAACCGCAAGCACCAAUCACGCCGCAGUCGGCUACAGUGACACACUCACGUCUGCGAAUGCCACCUAUUCUCAACGUACUGGACUCGAAUCGACGUUUUCGCGGGCUCCUCAACAACCGUAGCUUUGUGCAACUGACGCAGGUGCAGCAGCAACCAAAAUCAGCGGCAUUGACAUAUGCCAGCAGCGCGGAGAGACGGCACCAGGCAGGAGUUAGAUCGGCCUGGAACAUGCCCAUGGCUGCCAGCCGAUUCCUAAACAACAAGCAUGCAAUUGUGUUGCCUUCACUGAACCGUCACAGAGACUUCAGCACGACUGCCACCACAUCUGGCCAAAGCAAUUCCAGUGGGAGUGGCGCACACAGCAACAAUAUAGUCACUCUUGGCGCAAUUCCUCACGGGAAGGGAAGAGAUUACAAUGUCCAGCAUUCGCAUCAGAAUGGCCUGCCUCAAGACCAAGUCACAACAAAUUCAACUACCCCUUCAACGGGUCGAUCUAUCUCAGCAGCAAUUCAUCAUCCACGGUCGCAGUUUGCCACCAGUAGUGCCUUUUACAUACCGUACAGUGCCUCAAAAUUUAAAGCGUUUAAGUAGCCAAAAUCUCGUUGUAUACAACUAGCAAUAAAUUUUGAAUGCGA